AUGGCCAUGUCAUUCACUGUCAACAAAAACACCAAACUAGCAGACCUUAUACAUUAUCGACUCAAGGUCACUACAAUCGAUGGACGGUCUUACGUUGGCCAGCUCUUAGCAUUCGAUAAACACAUGAAUCUAGUUCUUGCAGACACUGAGGAAGCAAGGGUAACGAAGAAACUGUACCAAGAACUAGCUAAAAAUAAAGUGGAUGGACAGGUCAAGGUGAACGAAGAUAAGAGGUUUCUUGGUCUCAUUGUGUUGCGAGGAGAACAGGUGGUGGGCUUUACCAUUCAGACUGGUCCUACAACAGAAAUGAAAAAGAGGUUCAACCAACUAAAACAAGGUAAAGGAGUUUCCAGGCCGUUGAAGACACCCGUAAGCCAAAAGCCUAAACUACAGGGCCCUACAAAGAAGUGA